AUGGGGAAAUCGAAAAAAGGAGAAGAAGUUGAUGCGAAAUGUUCUAUUGAGGAUGAUGUUCCUUUGACAACGACUUUAUUGAACUUAAGAAACAAAAAGAAGAAAGAGAAAGAAAUUACACCAACAAUUGAUGCGGAUUUGUUGGAAGAUAUCAACAAAGAAGUUUCAGAAACGGAAGAAGAAGAAGAGAGCGAACUUUCCAAACAAAGGAAAGCAUUGCAAGAACAACAGAAGAUGGUGCAAGCACUUCAGGAAAAGCUGCUACAACAGGAAAAGCAGCUGGAUCUGAUUGAACAAAAAAAGAAGGGUGGAGAAGGACAAAAAAAUUCCAGCAAAGAUCCUGAAAAGCAGGAAGAAACUGAAAAGAAAGAGCAUGAAGUAAAAGUGCAUGAAGAAGUGAAAGAACCUGAAAAAGAGGAGGCUGAGGUAAAAGUUCCAGAAGAGCUGGAUGAACCAGAAAGAAAAGAAAAGAAAACGAACUUAAAAAUUACUUUGAGAAAGAAAAAAGACGGAGAAGAAGCUGGUGAGGAACCUGAAAAAGCAAAUGGAAAGUCUUGGAAAUCAAUACCAAACAGGAAAAGGACAAGAAGUCAAUUGCUGAAAGAAGAAUUUUCCGAUCUUAUCAAAGAGGUAAAGCAGGAAUUGGAAGAGGCACAUAAGAAGAAGAGCUUGUUGCCUGCUGAGAAAAUUUCAACAAAAAAAGUUGCACCAAAUGCUAAGAAGGGGAAUGGAGUUACUUUGAAAAAGACUGCAGCACUUAAGAGGGGUAGCAAAGUUAAUCAGAUAGUUGUGAGGGAGGUUUAUAAAGACGAGGAAGAUGAAGAAGGAGGUGAAGAAGAAGGUGAAGAAGUAGAAGAGGAAAGUGAACCCUUAAUGAAGAAGGGGAAAAAUGUAGUUGAGAAGAGAGCAACAAGAAGUAAACAAAUUGUUGUUUCUGAUGAGGUCAUGGAGGUGGUGGAUGAUGAGAAACCAAAUACUUUGGUUGUUGCCAAACCAAAACCUGAAGAAAGGAAACUAAAUCUAAGGCAAACUCCGCAAUUGAUGAUGCGAUUCUUGAGGGGAAUUGCAUCUAAUGAACCAGAUGAUAUAAGAAAACAACAAGCCAUCGUGGAGUUAGGCUUUGGAUCUCUUCUGCAUCUUGACAUCCCACAAAACGAAAAUCCAUUCCCGUACGAGUUGGUUAGGAAUUUCAACUCGUCCGGCCGGUCCUUGCAUCUACCAAAGUCUUCCCUUGAUAUUACUGUAGAGGAUGUAUACCUGGUGUACGGUAUACCUAUUGGAGGAGCUCCGGUCGUGGAAUGGACUGAUGAACAAGAUCCUGAAGUGUUGAGGGUUUUUGCUGAAUUUUGGGCAUACUGGAAAGUGAAGUCUGGAUGCCCAAAAUUGAAAGAAAUGGUUGAAAAACUGAUCAAAGAUGAGACUCCAGUUGAUGAUAACUGGAAGAGAUCUUUCCUAGUGGUUGCAGUUAACACCUGCAUUAAAUCCACUACUAAUUUAUCGCCAAACUUCAGAUUCCUAGCAAGCACUGUUGACUUGGAGCAAGUGAGGAAUCUAAAUUGGUGCCAGUAUGCAUACACCAGCCUUCUUGGGGCAGCUAUGUACUGGAAUGUGGACCGUAGCAGAUGGUUUGCUGGUCCACUACCAUUUCUAAUGGUAUGUUAUUUCGAUCGGGUGCAGAUCAUGGAAGAGUACCCUCCAAGGAUCUUCCCCCUAAUUACUUGCUGGACAAGAGAUAUGAUAAGCAGCAGGGUACGCAAUGACAAUGCUACAGGCUUCGGACAUGGCUUGAUUCUGGACAGAAUUCAAGGUCCACCUGAGCUACAACUGUACAGGGAGGAGAUGGAGCUGCUCAAACAGCAAAAAGCACUCAGUGAACAACCACCACCACUUCUUCUUCAACACACACAACAACAACAGCAGCAACAUGAUGAACAACCACCGCAGCAACCACUGCAGCAACCACAACAGCAACAUCAACACCAAGAGCCUAACUGGUCCACAAAUGAUGUGCCCAGAGAACAUCAAGGUGCACCAGUGACUCAACUCGGGGAUGACAAAGAUUUGCCAGAGCAACAGGCAGACCCCAGUGAGAAAGCAAAAGUCCCUUCUACAAUUGAGGAAUUCCAUGCUGAAUUCACUAAAACCACUACUGAACUCAGUAGUGUCAUGAACAAGUUCAACGACUUAUUGUCGUUGUCCAGAAAGUUCUUUGACACUACUAUUGAUGUCAAAAAAAGUCUGCCAUUCAAUAUGGCAAAAAUGUGGUCAACAUGCUCUGGAACUGAAAUUCCAGUUACUUUUGAGAAGGGAAACUCUACAGAAGAGCGGCAAGAAGGAAGGAAUACUGAGGAGAUUGGUUCAAUCCUCAGUCAAGAUAAAGAAUUUUUCAGCUCAAACUACUUCACAAUACUAUUUGAGGAAGCAGUACGAAAGGCAACAGAAGGAAAUGAAAGAAAGGAAAUCGAGGAAUCUGAGGAUGUUCCAUUUGAUUUGCCACCAUUUUUAACACCUCCGAUCAUGCCUUCCCAGCCUAAUGUAUUUGUUGAUUUGACAUUGAAGCUUAGAAUGGUUUCCGAUUCAAAUCCUCCUCCUCAGGCACACGACUUUGAAGAGGAAAUGAGAUUAGAAGCAAUCUUGAGUUUCUUGGAAUGGGUGAGGCACCGAUCUACAGACUCAAUUUUUGAUGUAGACACUGGAAACGGCAAAAAGGGUGUGUGGAUAAAACUUCCCAUUGAACUUGCAAACCUUGUUGAAACUGUGGUCAUGGAAGGCUUUUGGUAUCAUCUUGCAGAGCCAAGUUAUCUAAUGCUGGUUUACUGGAUUCCUGAAACUAUUAAUACACUCCCUGCAAAUGCUACACAUCGUGUUGGAGUUGGUCCUAUUGUCUUAACAGAGAAAAGAGAGCGCAUUUUACUGUCCUGCAAAUCAGUUUUAUUGCCCAACUACAGUGUUCUAAUUCUUUUAAUUGAGCUUGAUCAGCCGGUGUUUGUAGAUGCUUGUAGUACGGGAAAAGAGUGGUAG